GCCGUCCCCAUUCCCGAGGAAGCAGAAUCAUGGGCAGACGACCUCCCUGAGUAUGAGAUUUCCCCAGAGGAGGCUGGUGGGAAAUUUGAGGGUGACAUGGAUAUAGAACCUGACUUUUUUAAGCAUCGUAAUGCCCUUGCAGCUAGCGGUAAGAGGUGGCCCAACGGUCAGGUACCUUACGUCAUCAGCAGCUUCGUACACCUCAUCGCAAAAGUCCUUCAUCACCGACGCUAUGAGAGAAAUAGAGGAGAAGACUAAAGUUGGUUCAACCAAUUGCGUUCGUUUUGUCGCCCGAUCCUCACAGCCAGACUAUAUCUCAAUAAAACCUUUAACUGGCUGUUACUCUGGGGUUGGCAAAAAAAGCAGAGGUGGAUCUCAGGAUCUGUCCCUGGCUAGAGGAUGCAUGAACAAAGGUGUCAUCAUGCACGAGCUUCUACACACUCUCGGCUUCCACCACGAGCAGAGCCGCGCUGACAGAGACAACUACGUCACCAUUCAUUGGGAUAACAUAAAGGAUGGUAAAAGCUCUAACUUCAAAAAGUACGAACUCGGCUACAUCCAACACCUAACCAACUACGACUACGGUUCUAUAAUGCACUACGGGAGGUAUGGCUUUGCUGCAGACAGGACCAAGCCCACCAUCACCCCUAAACGCGAUGGUGCGACCAUUGGGCAACGCGUCGCUCUCAGCACAUCUGAUAUUAGUGAGAUAAGGCAAUUUUAUAAUUGCGGCGGAAGUGGGAGCACGAACACAGCGACCACCAGCAAGCCAGUGACUCAAAAACCUGUAACCCAACAACCUGGAACCUACCUGUCUUUCUGUAACUUCGACAGCGGCAGCCUCUGCGGCUGGACCCAAGACAGCUCGGACGAUAUAAACUGGACUCUAAAAUCCGGGGCCACCAGCUCAGCAGAUACCGGACCUAGUUCUGGAUAUGGCGGCAGCGGUAAAUACAUGUACGUAGAAGCGAGUGGGAAAUCGGCGGGUGCUGUGGCCAGGCUUCUCUCUCCACGUAUAUCUCACCCCGGCGGUUCCCAACAAUACUGUGUGACCGUGUCCUACCACAUGUACGGGAACACCAUGGGGAACUUGAUGAUAGGUACCAAGCUCGGCUCCUCUUUCAAGACCAUGUACACACUGAAAGGAGAAAAAGGCAACUCCUGGAGAAAUAUGCGCCUUACUACCACUAUUUCUUAUUCUGGAUCGUCCCUUCAAUUCUUUUUUGCGGGUGAAAGAGGAAGUGGCGUCAGGAGUGACAUUGCCAUCGACAACGUCAAGAUCAGCCGUGGCCGAUGUUAACAGCAGCAAUAAGUCUGUUAGAAAAUUUCACGCUAUGCAAUUCAGAGGACACUUUAUAAACUCGACCGUGUAAAGCACUUUGUCCACAUGAAAUCUUAUAAUAAAA